GCUCGGCUUUUGCCGGAUUUUUACCGGGACAUACUCGGGGUUUUUAAAGGUUGCCGAGCGGCGGAGCUUCCGGCCAGAGCCGCUGAAGGGAAACGUCUCGGUGGUUUAAAAUACGUGUUCAGUCACGACCUCCGCGAACAAAAGCAUGAGUCUGUGGACCAACGACACCUCGGCGGAUCUGUACGCCGGGACGCAGCCGCCGCUGCCGCGCUCCAACUUCUCCAACCGCACCGACGACUCGCAGCACCGCGGCGAAGCCCCGCUGGACCUGACCCGGGCGGUGCCGGUCGGCAUGGUGCUGGCCUCCUUCAUCAUGUUCGCCAUCGUGGGGAACAUCCUGGUGAUCCUGUCGGUGGUCUGCAACCGGCACCUGCGGAUCCCGACCAACUACUUCAUCAUCAACCUGGCCAUCGCGGACCUGCUGCUGGGAACCACGGUGCUGCCGGUGUCCGCCACCCUGGAGGUUUUGGAUUACUGGGUGUUUGGUCGGAUCUUCUGCGACAUCUGGGCGGCGGUGGACGUCCUGUGCUGCACGGCGUCCAUCAUGUCUCUGUGUGUCAUCUCCAUCGACCGCUACGUCGGCGUACGAUACCCGCUGCAGUACCCGACCAUCGUCACCGAGAAGCGGGCGCUGCUGGCCAUGCUGGGCGUCUGGAUCCUCGCCAUCGUCAUCUCCAUCGGCCCGCUGCUGGGCUGGAAGCAGCCGCCGUCGCAGGACGACACCAAGUGUCAGAUCACCGAGGAGCCUUUCUACACCCUCUUCUCCUCCCUCGGCUCCUUCUACAUCCCUCUGGCCGUUAUCCUGGCCAUGUACUGCCGCGUCUACAUCGUGGCCAAACGCACCACCAAGAACCUGGAGGCCGGCAUGAUGAAGGAGCGUCUGGAGGACUCCAACGAGCUCACCCUGAGGAUCCACUGCAGGAACCAGCAGAUCCACGAGCUUUGCCCCGGGGCCUCGGCCGGACGCAGCACGCUCUCCGUCAAACUGCUCAAGUUCUCCAGAGAGAAGAAAGCUGCCAAGACGCUGGGUGUGGUGGUGGGCAUGUUCAUCCUCUGCUGGCUGCCCUUCUUCCUGGUCCUGCCCAUCGGUUCGUUCAACAGCAGCCUCCGUCCUCCUGAAACCUACUUUAAGGUCAUCUUCUGGUUGGGAUACUUCAACAGCUGCCUGAACCCCAUCAUCUACCCCUGCUACAGCCGCGAGUUCAAACAGGCCUUCAUCCGGAUCCUGCGCUGUCGCUGGAAGAGGAAGCGUCAGGGCUGGCAGGCGUACUACAACUACCGCUGCCAUCAGGGCUCCAACACCUCGUCCUACCUGAACGGCAGCCAGCAGACGCUGUCCUCCAUCAGCCCCAGCCCUCGCUGUGUCGCCUCCAGACUCCGACCCCCGCCCUGGCCUUCCUCCUCCUCCAACCGGGACCUCCUGCCCGGGUCGGCCGGGGGGCGGCCGGGCCUGGUGUCCCCGCGCGCUAAGGAUGCUGGGUCGGCGCUGGGCGCGGGGCGCGGGGCGGUAAUGAACGGACGAAGCGUAAAUGGAAAAGAAGAGGAGCGGCGCGGAGCCGCCGGGGGAACGCUGCCGUCUAAACUGUGACGGAGCGGGAAGGUGGAGCACUGACUGACACACCUGUUGCCUCAGGAAGAACGCACAGGUGUCUCCGCCGACAUCACCAGACGCUCUGUCCACUCAGGAGUGCUGACCGUACCUGUCAGGAGGUUUUGACUGUUCCCGCCUC